AUGCUCUCAUCCAAUGUUUGUGACACUCUUCGUCACAAACUCCUAAAAGAGUCUCUCUCUCUCUCUCUCUCUCUCUCUCUCUCUCUUUCUCUCUCUCUCUCUCUUAUGACUAUCUAUGGAUAUCCAAAAUCGGCCCGACCCGAAAACCACCGCCUUCCGCGUACCGCCGAACACCACCUACCCCGACCUUGCGACCCGACCCGAAUGCGCAUCGACCACAACGCCGACGGGCCGCUACGACGCCUUGAACCCGCGCCACAAAGCGCGAACGGAGCGAACGCAACAGCCCCGUACCGGUUCCUUGCUUCGCGCGGGCACGGCCCGACCGACCCGGUCCUCGGAGCCAAUCCUUCUUCCGAAGGUACGGAUCCAUUUUGCCGACUUCCCUUAACUACAUUGAUGCCAUCGACGAGAGGCUGUACAACUUGGAGACCUGCUGCGGAUGGUGGGUACGGACCGACUCGAGAGCUGCGAAAACCGGACCGGGAUUUUCCAGGGCCGCCGAAAGCGCACCGGACGCCGCCCAAGCCGCAGCGCUCUACAGGUACCUUUUCCGUAUCUCCGGACGAGCCUUAUUCCACGGACACGGUCCUUUACGAAGAAGAGAGAACUCUUCCCGGGGCUCUAGGCGACGUCUCCGGGCUCGCUUGCGUCACCGCGGUUUCACCCUUUUUUAUUUUGUUUGAUUUAAGCGAUGUUCCUCGCACAAACAUCAAAGCAUUUUCACUACUGAACCGACUUUUAAUAAGUGAUAAUUCUUCGCUUGCUCGCACACUCUUGUCUGCACGCCUCAAUGCUCGUUUUGCUAUCGUUCAAUUCUUUAUUCACUUCAUCACCCUUUUCUUCCCGCCAAGAAAGCACAAAAUGGCCACACCCAGCAGUUCACCGAGCCUCAAAAGAUUUCAACAGAAAUCAUUUGUUUAUAGUCCUAACCAGUGA